AUGGAAGUGCUUCUGGCAUAUCAAAUGGAAGUGCUGGAAAACCUGAAGAAGGCAGAAAAAAACUAUAAAAAGACACCGAAAGAACGGAUUAAAAAACCAUAUUUGGAAACCAGAUUGGACAAUUUGGAGCAACUGUGGACAGUGUUUAAAGAUGGCCACAAGUCUAUUAUAGGCAAGGUGACCUUGAAGGACAAACAGCAUUCAUACUUCACGGAAGAUAUAUAUGAAGAGUUCGAGGAAUUAUAUGUAUCAUACAAAACUUUAUUGAAAGAAGCCCUGCAGCCUUAUGUCGCGUCAACGAGUGAAACUUCGUCCGUAACACCAAAAUUAAGUGCUGAACAAACGGUCAUUAUUAAAUGUCGCAAUCCAGCAAGUUGCAAGCGAUGUGGCAGGAGGCACCAUUCAUUAUUACAUUUUGAAAAGGAAGUGAGCAGUGAAUCAAAGACUGAGGAUGUUUUUAUGCAGAGUGAGUCAGACAAACCCGUGAGUACACCUAUUUCAACAAAUUUUUCGAGUAGAGGUUUAGAACCGAGUCAAGUUUUGUUAGCUACUGUGUCUGUUUGGGCGUACAAUGAGUACGGGUACAAACAACAGUUAAGAGGAUUAUUAGAUCAAGGGUCGCAAGCGUCUUUUGUUAGCGAGUCAGUUGUUCAAUUGCUUGGACUUUCCCGUAAACAUGUUAGCGGUUCGGUUUCCGGUAUAGGUGGCGGUAGCCACACGAAUGUCAAGCACAUGGUUUCUCUUCGAGUGGUAUCACGUCAUAACCCUGAGGUUUCAAUCCAAGUAAAUGCAUAUGUUUUGCGAUCUGUUACGUCAUUGCUUCCUUCAACCGAGUUACAUUCACCUGAUUGGCUACAUUUAGAUAAAAUACCGCUAGCCGAUCCAGGUUACGCCACACCUAGUAAAAUUGAUAUUCUUCUUGGAGCAGAAGUAUACAGCGAGAUUUUAUUGGAUGGUAUUGUGCGUCACAAUAAAAUAUUGGCACAAAACACUACCCUAGGUUGGGUAUUAUCAGGGAGGGUGUCAAAAAAUUCAACUUCUGCUGAUAAUGGAAUAAUCACCAUGCAUUUACACUUAAGUGGAGAAGAACUGCUUAGAAAAUUUUGGGAAAUGGAAAAUGAGCCCAACCUGAUACAGAAGAAGAUGACAGACACAGAAAAACAAUGUGAAGAAUUUUAUGACAAAACAACAACACGAGAUAAAGAAGGAAGAUUUAUAGUUAAAUUACCUUUUGAUAAAGAAGAUCCAGAGUGUCAAUAUGGAAAAUCAGUAAUAAUAGCUACAAGAAGAUAUGAGUAUUUAGAAAGGAAAUUACAGCAAGAUCCUACCCUAAAGGAAACAUAUAACAAUGUUCUACAAGAAUAUCUUACAAUGAAUCAUAUGACACCAAUAAAAAAAGAAGACGUAGAUAAUCCCAAAGCAGUUUAUCUCCCUCACCACGCCGUGGUUCGACAAGAUAAAGACACCUCAAAAGUGAGAGUAGUUUUCGAUGGGUCAUGUAAAGGAUUAAACAACUUUUCGCUUAAUGAUAAUCUGAUGGUGGGUCCCAAGUUACAACAGGAUUUGAGACACAUUCUAAUGCGUUGGAGAAGCCACAGGAUAUGCAUAGUAGCAGAUAUCGUUAAGAUGUUUAGAAUGGUGAAAGUCAAUUCUGAGGACACAGACUUUCAAAGAAUUGUAUGGAGACCACAAGCAAACGAGCCGUUACAACAUUUCAAAUUAUUGCGAGUGACCUUUGGUACUGCGUGCGCACCAUAUUUGGCUGUAAAAACCCUUCAAAGGUUAGCUGAUGAAGAACAUGCAAGAUUUCCUACUGCAUCAAGUAUUACAAAGAGGGACUUCUAUAUUGACGAUCUCUUGACUGGCUGUGAGACACUACCAGAGGCUGUACACAUAUAUAAUGAAAUGAACAAGUUGAUGAACAGUGGCGGCUUUGAACUGCAAAAGUUUAGUAGCAAUAAUCAAGACUUAUUGACACAUAUAGGAAAGGACAAUCACAGUAGCGACGAUUCAUUUAGAUUAAAAUCAAGCGCGGUCAUGAAGGUAUUAGGCUUAAAAUGGCAUAAGAACAUAGACUGUUUUCAGUAUUCACUAGAAUUACCAGACGUUACACAACCUGUUACUAAACGGCAGGUAUUGUCGGAUGUGGCCCGACUGUACGACCCAUUAGGAUGGAUUGCGCCCGUGAUCAUCAAGGCAAAAAUAUUUAUCCAAAAGCUGUGGAAGUCGAAGCUUGAUUGGGACGAUGUACUGACUACAGAUUUAACGAAUGAAUGGUCACAAUUUAGAGAAAGUUUGAUAUAUUUACAUAAUAUAAACAUACCACGAUGGUAUUGUUUUAGUCCAGGGUCAAAGGUUGAGUUGCAUGCAUUUGGUGAUGCUUCAAAGGUAGCGUAUGGCGCUGCUGUUUACAUUCGUGUUAUUAAUAAUAACAACGAAAUCUGUGUAAGUUUGGUAUCAGCAAAAAGCAAAGUGGCCCCUAUUGAGAAGGAGAUAUCAAUUCCUAGAUUGGAACUAUGUGGUGCAGCUCUAGCAGCAAAAUUAUUAUUUGAAGUUUCACAAAUAAUGAACAUUCCGAAGGACAACUGGUAUGCGUGGUCCGACUCAACAAUAGUUCUAGCCUGGCUAAGAGGCGGGUCUAGCCGCUGGACUACCUUUGUGAGUAAUCGUGUGUCGGAAAUUCUUAAUAUUUUAGACUACAGUCAAUGGAAUCAUGUUACAACUGAUUUGAACCCAGCUGACUGUGUUUCAAGAGGCAUAGCAACACAGGAUUUACCUGAACAUUCAUUAUGGUGGUCAGGACCUUCUUGGCUUUCGCAAUCAACUACAGAGUUUGAUAACUCUGUCAUUAUCGAGGACACUCAUGAAGAAGAAAAACACACAUCUUUAACUGUUUUACCUGUAUUGGAGAAUAAAUUCAUCUGGACUAUGUUUUCAUCACUGUCUAAAACCUUAAAAGCUAUAUCUUAUUGGAGAAGGGUUUUACAGAAUUUAAGACUACCAAAGGAAAAACAACAAUCAUAUACAAAUGUUAUAACACCUGCGGAGAAAGAUAAGAGUUUAAUUGUAUGCAUCAAACAAGUUCAAGAAGAAAAUUUUAGUGAAGAGAUAAAACAGUUAAAGUUGAAGAAAUUCGUCCCCAAGAAAAGUAAGCUCCGCACUCUUUGUCCCAUUUUUGAUGAAAAUGGGAUACUAAGAGUUGGCGGUCGUAUUGAUGAGUCAGAAGUAAUUUAUGAUACAAAGCAUCCCAUCGUUAUGCCUGCUAAGAGUCAUCUUACCAAGCUUAUAAUUAGUGAUGCUCAUCAUAAAACCUUUCACGGUGGACCUCAAGCUAUGUUGUGUUAUUUAAAAACGAAAUAUUGGAUAUUGCGAGCGAAAGAAUUAGUUAAAAGUCAUUACAGAUCGUGUAUUAAAUGUUUGAGAUAUUCCAAGUCUAAAAGCAACCAACUGAUGGGUCAAAUUCCAGAAGUUAGGUUGAAACCAACCAGACCUUUUAAAUCGUCCGGUUGUGACUACAUGGGACCUAUUAGUGUGAGAUUCUCACCUGGUAGAGGAUCGAAAUCCUAUAAAGGAUAUAUUUGUUUAUUUAUUUGCAUGGUUACUCGAGCCAUUCAUUUGGAAGUAGUAACAGAUCUGACAUCAAAGGCGUUCAUUGCAGCGUUUAAACGUUUCACAGCACGGAGAGGUCACUGUCAAGAUUUGUUUAGUGACAACGGCACUAAUUUUGUUGGUGCCAACAAACAGCUUCGUGAGAUGUUCGAUCGUGCUAAGUCAUCUGUGCCACGUGAAAUUGAGGAGUUAUUGAGCUUAGAGCAUACAACAUGGCAUUUUAUUCCUCCAAAUUCCCCUAAUUUUGGAGGUCUCUGGGAAGCUGGAGUUCGCAGCGUAAAAACACAUUUAUACAAGGUAAUCGGAGAUAGCACACUUACCUAUGAGGAGCUGUCUACUGUUUUAGCUCAGGUCGAGGCCUGUCUUAAUUCUCGGCCAAUAACAGUAAUGAGUGAUGACCCUAACGAACCUCAAGCUUUAACACCGGGACAUUUCCUCAUAGGGGGUAUAUCCUGGGCACCACCCCUCCCCCCUCCCCCCAUCCCCACACUCCUAUGA